CACAUCCAGCUCGCCAGCAAGCUCACGUCUGGCUGCGACUACUCCCUCUUCAAGGAUGGCAUCGAGCCCAUGUGGGAGGACAGCCAGAACAAGCGUGGCGGGCGCUGGCUCAUCACCCUGGCCAAGCAGCAGCGACACACUGAGCUGGACCGUUUCUGGUUGGAGACGCUGCUGUGCCUCAUCGGGGAGAUGUUCGACGAGUACAGCGAUGAGGUGUGCGGCGCAGUCAUCAACAUCCGCGCCAAGGGGGACAAGAUUGCCAUCUGGACCCGGGAAGCAGAGAACCGGGAAGGGGUCACCCACAUCGGGCGCGUCUACAAGGAGCACCUGGGCCUGUCGCAGAAGGUGUCCAUCGGGUACCAGGCCCACGCGGACACGGCCACCAAGAGCGGCUCCCUCACCAAGACCAAGUUUGUGGUGUGA